AUGACUAUCAACCCUACCUACCUCGCGCAACGAACGCGUUCCUCCCUCAACUUGAACGAUGCGAAGUUCCGAGUCCUCAAGUCUUACCGGGAGUGGUUGCGCGCCUCCCCCGAGAUCCAGACCAUGUACUCCUUGAACAUGCCCGUUUCCGUUAUCCGUACCAAGAUUCGCCAGGAGUUCGAGAAGCACCGCUACGUCAGCCAAUUGAGCGUCAUUGAUGUUUUGCUCUACCAGAGCCACGCCGAGUUCCAGGAAACCCUCAACUACUGGAAGCAGCUGUCUCACGUCAUGAAAUACUUCCGCGCAGAAGAAGACCCGGGCGCACGACUACCACGCAACUUCGUGUCGGGCUUCCUGGAGGGCCGCAAUUGA